AUGCGAAAGUCUUUGUUUCUCUCCGUCUUUCUUUGUGUCUCUCUGUCUCUGUGUGUGUCUCUGUAUGUCUCUCUCUCUGUGUCUCUCUCUCUGUCUCUCUAUCUGUGUCUCUCUCUGUCACUCUCUGUCACUCUCUCUGUAUGUCUCUGUCACUCUCUCUGUAUGUCUCUGUCACUCUCUCUGUAUGUCUCUCUCUCUCUGUGUAUGUCUCUGUCUCUCUCUCUGUGUAUGUCUCUGUCUCUCUCUCUGUGUAUGUCUCUGUCUCUCUCUCUGUGUAUGUCUCUGUCUCUGUGUAUGUCUCUGUCUCUGUGUAUUUCUCUGUCUCUCUGUGUAUUUCUCUGUCUCUCUGUGUAUUUCUCUGUCUCUCUGUGUAUUUCUCUGUCUCUCUGUGUAUUUCUCUGUCUCUCUCUGUGUAUUUCUCUGUCUCUCUCUGUGUAUUUCUCUGUCUCUCUCUGUGUAUUUCUCUGUCUCUCUCUGUGUAUUUCUCUGUCUCUCUCUGUGUAUUUCUCUGUCUCUCUCUGUGUAUUUCUCUGUCUCUCUCUGUAUUUCUCUGUCUCUCUCUGUGUAUUUCUCUGUCUCUCUCUGUAUUUCUCUGUCUCUCUCUGUAUUUCUCUCUCUCUCUGUGUAUUUCUCUGUCUCUCUCUGUCUCUGUAUUUCUCUAUAUAUUUCUCUCUGCAUAUUUCUCUCUCUAUGUCUCUGUCUCUCUGUAUAUUUCUCUCUAUAUAUCUCUGUCUCUCUGUAUAUUUCUCUCUAUAUAUCUCUGUCUCUCUGUAUAUUUCUCUCUCUAUAUCUCUUUCUCUCUCUAUAUCUCUUUUUCUCUGUAUAUUUCUCUCUCUAUAUCUCUUUUUCUCUGUAUAUUUCUCUCUAUAUAUCUCUGUCUCUCUGUAUAUUUCUCUCUAUAUAUCUCUACAAACAGGCGAAUUGUAUUCUUUCUUUUUCUUUCUUUUUUUUUCUUUUUUUUUACCACUUUUUUCCGGGCACAUGUUAAACAUUGUCCCAUAA